AUGUGCUCAUCUGACGUAUUUUUCGGUGACACUUUCAAUCAAAAUCAGUGGAACAGCAAAUGCGAGGACACUUGUCAUAUUGAUAUUGGUUAUUCUAGCCAUUCAGAUGAGCAAUUUGAAUCUGAAUUGGAGGCUAUGAAUAAUGGUGACUUGUCUUCAGUCGGAAAUUUAGAAUUACAAUUAGCUGCCUGCAAUCGAAUUGUUUCUCUGUUAUAUAACCGUCUUUCAACAGAUCACUUUCAACUAGUACAAUUAUUAAAUAAUUUGAACGAUGUUUUAGACAUAUGUUCUAAUGUAACAACAACACGUAGUCAAUUAAAACAUAUUCAGUCUCUCUUGCUAUCCCGUGAACAAGAUGCCUCAGAUAAUUUGAAAAUCAUUUAUACAUUCCAACAAAAAUUAGAAGAACGCAUUAAACAAUGCAAAAUCAAAGCUCAAAAUUCACUUAAAACAGCUAAACACAAUUCUGUUCAACUGAUUCUAUAUCAAAGAAUGAACAACUUAAUCAGCAAACGAGAAAUUAAAUACGAAACUUUAUUAAAAUAUGGACUGGUUAAUCCAAGGAAUGUUCUCAUCCCAAGGAAGUGUGAAUUACAAGAAGCUUUAUUGAAUGCAGUUGGUCAACUGGAUCGUUUAAGAAAAUACCGUAUAAAUCAAAAAACACGUAUUGAUCAGUUACAAGAACGAUUAGAUCAUAUGGGUAGUGAACUGGAUUCCAGUGUAGAUACUAUUCGUCAUCAUCAAACAAAUUAUGAAGCACAAAAACGUAGAACCUCUAUGGAGAUUACUCAUUUACGUAAUCAAUUAGCUAAAGCAACUGCUUUAUUAGAACAGUUUAAAUUAUUCUUCAGUAAAACAAAUCUGAACACUAGUUCUUUGAACCAAAAUAUGCGAGUUCUCAUUGGGAAUUUACUAAAACAUUUACACACAAAUAAUGAACUGCAAGAUAUAGAUACUUUAAGUAUCGAUGAUUUAAAACUGAAAUUAUCUACUGCUCAAAAUGAGCUUACUCAAUUACGAUUAGAUAUGGCACGUCAAAGAGAAGAUGAUGAUCGUGAGGCAUCAAGACUUCGGGGUCAGUUAGCUGAAGCAAGUUCAGAUGCAAGAGCUUUACGGAUGCAGUUAAAUCGCCUUAUAUCACAAAGCAUUUCUUCAAGCAAACUUAAUAGUUUGGCGAAUACAAACUCAUCUGACUCCUCAAACUGUACAAACUGUCAAAAACUUCAACGUCUCAACGAUGUUUUACAACGGAAACAAUCUAAAAUGAACCCGUUUCCUGAUUUAAUCAAUCAUCAAGGGAAUAUAAUAAAUCAUCAGAAUUUUGUUUGUGAGGACAGCAUCGUUACGAAGAAAGCGAUACACAAGCCACACUUUAUAGACAGUUUCGUUCAAACAGAUUUGUUGAAUGAUAUUCCCGCAACUGAUUUUGUCCAAAAGGUUGAUAUAGCUAUUGACCCUAUUGAUGGAUACGAUAACAUCUCACCACAUCUCCCGGUUAAAAAUUGUAAACAUAUUCAAACGGAAUCAUUCAUCAUAGGCAAUGACAUAACUUCAUCCGGUGUAAUUUUGAUGGAUAAAAGUUUAAAAUAUGGUAGUGUGGACGAACCAAGCAUCCUAAGUGAGGUUCAGUUAAAUAAUCUUCAUGUAUCCAAUAAAUCGGCACCAGUAUCAUUAAUGAGAAAGACAAUGAAGCAUGAAUUAAAGCAUGAUAACUUGGUUAACCCGAACCAAAGUGUUGAUGAAGAUUCGUUACAUUCUCAGUUGUUACAGCGAAUAAAAGUAGCUGAGGAGGAAGCGAUUAUGGCUAUGGAUCAGUUGAAGGCAAGUAAUGCAGAGUUUCUUACUUUGAAAGAACGCUUAUCCCAUGCAACUGUAGAACGUGCACAUUUAAAAGCAACCAUUGAAGGAUUGGAUGAACAGGUCGCGUUGCUUGAAGACUCUUUGUAUGAGCGUACACAGGAACUUCGUAGAAGUCAAAUACUUCUUGGAAAAUAUUGUCCAACGUAUCAACAGCCUGUGACAUCAUAUUCUGUUGAACCUGAAAUACCGACAUCGGAAAUAUCUAUUAAAAUACAUGAACCAAACAAUAAUUAUACAGACGAAUCAGCAGUUGUUGAUUUAAGAGGUCUUCCUCAGUCUUUUGAACCUACAGAAUCAUUUCUACGUUCUCUACCCAUCAGAUUUAAAUCCUUACAUCAAUUAAUUAACCUAAAGGAUUGGCUAUCUGUUUAUUGA